GCACGCUGGCUUGCCCGCAGCGAGGAGACGAUGAUAACACAGCCGAGCAAGGUACAAUGAGAGAGGCUGACUGUCUCGCAUUUUCCCCUCGCAGCUUCUUAAGCGAGUGAUGCCCGCAUCUGAGGAGUGACGCCAUGGCCGUCGAAGAGAACACUGGAAUCUUCUAGAGCUUGAGAGAUUUGCAAUGCUCGGCCAGUCCCCCCACCUCAUCGGAGGGAUCCAGUGGAUCCAGAACCCAAUGAGAGCUGUUCACUGCACCCUGAGCCAAAAUGGCAUCGAACACCAGAUGUGCCCUGACGACGUGGAAUCGCAGCUUGAUGAAGAGGAGGAGUCGGUCGAUGGCCUGCCAGUGCUGCUUGAUGACGACAGUCCAAGUUACCCCGACAUCAGCCCCACCAUAUUCCAUGGCCGUCUUCCGCCACAUCGCUCAGUCUCCGAGUCUGAGCUCACGCGGCCGGGAUAUGUCAAACUGUCCAAACCAGUGGCGCUGUGGACCCAACAGGACGUGUGCAAAUGGCUGAAGAAACACUGUCCGAAUCAGCAUCAGAUUUACAGCGACUCCUUCAAACAACACGAUAUCACAGGGCGGGCUCUGAUGAGAUUGACUGACAGGAAACUGGAGAGAAUGGGCAUCAUGCAGGAGGCCGAGAGGCAGAACAUCCUGCAGCAGGUCCUGCAGCUUCGGGUCCGGGAGGAAGUGAGGACGCUUCAACUUCUCACGCAAGGUUCCCUGGAAUGCGCCCCGUCUUCACCGUAGCCCGAUGCGAACGGACGCAGGAUGACCAUCACCUUGGCAACCAGACCCAGACACCCCCCCGCCCGCCUCUGUCUUGGACCUAAUACAGCUCUCAUCUGUGGGAAGAUCGGGAACAGUCUCCUAAAAAAAGACACAAGUCAAGUCAUCGUUGACCUUUGCAGCAAAGUCACUUGAAACCCUUCUCCCUCCAAAAUAAAAGUCUGUCUGCAAAAGCAAGGAGGGCCUAAGGAGGACAUUGACAUGUCCGCCUGGUGAUGAUACGCUACUUGAUGUACGCUGGCUGGCUAUUACAGUAACACCUUAAACACACUCCUUCAAACUGUCACUCAAACUUCACUGCACCGCUCAAAGGUUUAUGUCCCCCAUAGGAAGGCUUCUCCCUAAUCCCAUUUAGGCCUUUUUGUCAAGUGGCAAGUCCUAAAUCCUUCAUUCUUUGGCUAAUUGUGUCCCCGCAACCACAGAAGGGUGAUGUGCUUCACACAACCGUGUCCUGUCUCUUGCUAUCCCUGCAUCUUUCACGAUGCCUGAUGACAUCAUCCUGUCCUCUUUUUUUUUUUUUUACCUUCCCAGCAAGGUCCAGUAUUCUGACGUGGAAAAAUGCAGAAAGCAGAAGAAGACACGGGACCUCGUCCGGUCCGGUCCUCGACACAGAUGCAUCAUGGAGGCAAAAUAAACACCAGUUUUUCCACUGUUUGGACACCGCUUGUACCACAAUAAGGAUGACGACGACCCAAAAAAAAUCGAGGUAGAAGUUUUCAAAUCAUUAAUUUUGAGGGAACUUUGGUGUGAAAAUGACCACAUUUGGGCGAUUCACAGUGCAGCCAGAAAGUAUUUUCACUUUUUCCACAUUUUAGUACGUUUCAGCCUGAUUCCAAAAUUGAUUAAAUUCAUUUAUGUCCUCAAAAUUCUACACACAAUACCCUAUAAUGACAAUAAAAAAAAGGUUUUUAUUAGGGAUGUCCGAUAAUAUCGGUAGUCCGAUAAAUGCUUUAAAAUGGAUUAUCGGAAAUUAUCGGUAUCGGUUUCAAGAAGUAAAAUGUAUGAUUUUUUAAAACGCCGCUGUGUACACGGACGUAGGGAGAAGUACAGAGCGCCGAUUAACCUUGAAGGCACUGCCUUUGCGUGCCGGCCUAGUCACAUAAUAUGUCCGGCUUUUGACACACUCACAAGCGAAUGCCAGGCAUACUUGGUCAACAGCCAUACAGGUCAAACUGAGGGUAACGGUAUAAACAACUUUAACACUGUUACAGAUAUGCACCACACUGUGAACCCACACCAAACAGGAAUGACAAACACAUUUCGGGAGAACAUCCGCACCGUAACACAACAUAAACACAACAGAACAAAUACCCAGAACCCCUUGCAGCACUAACUCUUCCGGGACGCUACAAUAUACACCCCCCGCCAGCCCAAACCACCCCCCCCCCCCCCCCCCCCCCCACGUCAAUCCCGCCCACCUCAACCUCCUAAUGCUCUCUUAGGGAGAGCAUGUCCCAAAUUUCGAAGCUGCUGUUUUGAGGCAUGUUAAAAAAAAAAAAAUGCACUUUGUGACUUCAAUAAUAAAUAUGGCAGUGCCAUGUUGGCACUUUUUUCCAUAACUUGAGUUGAUUUAUUUUGGGAAACCUUGUUACAUUGUUUAAUGCGUCCAGCGGGGCAUCACAACAAAAUUAGGCAUAAUAAUGUGUUAAUUCCACGACUGUAUAUAUCGGUAUCGGUUGAUAUCGGAAUCGGUAAUUAAGAGUUGGACAAUAUCGGAAUAUCGGAUAUCGGCAAAAAAAGCCAUUAUCGGACAUCCAUAGUUUUUAUUUUUUGCAAAUUUAUCAAAAAUUUAAAAAAUCACAUGUACAUAACUAAGUCCAUCAUCAAUCAUUUAAUCACAGUUUAUUUAUAUAGCCCUUAAUCACAAAUGUCUCAAAGGGCUGCACAAGCCAUAACGACAUCCUUGGCUUGGAUCCCACUUCAGGGCAAGAAAAAAACUCAACCCACUGGGAACAUUGGGUUGACCAGUGCAAUGGAUGUCGAGUGGAUCUAGUUAAUAAUGUGAGAAGUAUUCACAGCCUUUGCUCAAUACUUAGCAGUUUCGCCCAUUCCUCUUCGCAACACCUCCCCAAGCUCCGUCAGGAUGGAUGGGAAGCGUUGGUUGUCAUCCAGGAUGUCUCUAUACAUUGUUGCAUUCGUCUUUCCCUCUAUCCUGACUCGUCUCCCAGUUGCUGCCGCUAGAAAACCAUCCCCACACCAUGAUGCUGCCACCAUCUUUCACUGUAGUUUCCUCCAAACAUGACGCCUGGCAUUCACGCCAAAGCUUAAGUCUCAUCAGACCGGAUCAUUUUGUUUCUCAUGGACUGAGAGUCUUUCAGGUGCAUUUUGACAAACAUUUUACUAAGAAAUGGAUUCCGUCAUCUACUACAUCAUACAAGCCUGAUGAGUGGAUUGCUGGAGAGAUGGUUGUCCUUCUGGAAGGUUCUCCUCUCUCCACAGAGGACUGCUGUAGCUCAGACAGAGUAACCUUCUGGUUCUUGGUGAUCUCCCUGACUAGACUAAGAUGAAUGCAGCAAUGUACAGAGACAUCCGGGGUAAAAAACCAAUGCUUCAAAUUUGAAAAUAUUUUCACAUUGUCACAUUGAUUUGUGUGUAGAAUUUUGAGGACGAAAAAUGAAUUUUCACCAGGGCCGAGGCGACCCAUGCCGGACCGAUCUGAGGGUCUCACUAAACUAUCCAAGGUCUGCCAUUUUUAUUUGUCUAUCUGAGGCCAUGCCCACGCAAACAGUUAAAAAAAUAUAUUUUCAAUGUGUUUGAGCCUCCUGCCCACACACAAGGUCCUAAAAAUAUGGCCUUGGUGAAAAUGUUGAAAACUGUUGUUUUUGGGAUGCCCAAUCUUUGAUCAAAGCAAAGGACGCAGUGGUUUUCACCUUCAUAACCAGUGCAAUAUAUCGAUUGUUUUCAAAAAAACUAGAAAAUGCCCAACUGAAAUGCUAACAGUUAGCGCGCUGGCCAGAGAGCGUAAAGUAACAAAACAUAUACUGUACGUAAAAUGAGCUAGCAAAAGCUUGCAUGCCGACAGUAUUAUGCUAACAUGCUAACAAUAGAAUACUUACUGUUAGCUUCAGUGAAAUACCAAAAUUAGAGAUGUCCGAUAAUAUCGGCCGAUAAAUGCUUUAAAAUGUAAUAUCGGAAAUUAUUGGUAUCGUUUUUUAAUUAUCGGUAUCGUUUUUUUUUUUUUAUUAAAUCAACAUAAAAAACACAAGAUACACUUACAAUUAGUGCACCAACCCAAAAAACCUCCCUCCCCCAUUUACACUCAUUCACACAAAAGGGUUGUUUCUUUCUGUUAUUAAUAUUCUGGUUCCUACAUUAUAUAUCAAUAUAUAUCAAUACAGUCUGCAAGGGAUACAGUCCGUAAGCACACAUGAUUGUGCGUGCUGCUGGUCCACUAAUAGUACUAACCUUUAACAGUUAAUUUCACUCAUUUUCAUUGAUUACUAAUUUCUAUGUAACUGUUUUUAUAUUGUUUUACUUUCUUUUUUAUUCAAGAAAAUGUUUUUAAUUUAUUUAUCUUAUUUUAUUUUAUUUUUAUUUUUUAAAAAGGACCUUAUCUUCACCAUACCUGGUUGUCCAAAUUAGGCAUAAUAAUGUGUUAAUUCCACGACUGUAUAUAUCGAUAUCGGUAUCGGUUGAUAUCGGUAUCGGUAAUUCAAGAGUUGGACAAUAUCGGAAUAUUGGAUAUCGGCAAAAAGCCAUUAUCGGACAUCCCUAACCAAAAUAUAUGACACUGAGGUGUUACCAUGAAUUGAUUAACGUGGACCCCGACUUAACCCUUGUGUGGUGUUAGGGUCUGUGGGACCCGUUUUCAUUUUUUUAUUAAACGAAAAAUGAUACAAUUAAUUAAUUUUUCAAACUGAGACUCACUGAAUUUGGCUUAUUUUCUGUGAAGAACAUAUAUCAGAAUACAUAUUUAAUGACCACACACCAUACACCCCCCCUACACAUUUCUAUUACAUAUAAGAUGUCCGGGUCCACUGGACCUGGGGCUAAUAGAAGUGUGGAAAUUGAUGUUCUGUGUACCGCACACACACAGCAGGCCUAGACAGGAGGAGGACAGAGUGUAGGUACACAGAACAUCAGAGGGUCAAAUGUGCGAGAAAAUGAGAGCAGACAGUGUUGACAAACAAUGUUACAACCUUGUGUGGGAACCGCAGGUGCAGAAACACAAAAGAAGAAUCCCUGUGGGAUGCACAAACUUGCAGAUGAAUUUUCCGUGCAACGUUCAUAUUGUUGUUACUCAGCCAGCGUUUGUGGGUCUGAUGGACCCGUUGCAUUUUGUGGCUUUUAAUGCCUCACAAUCAAACACUUUUAUGUUCAAAUACUGAACAGAUGUUUAUUGGGAUAAGGUAAUCAUCUGAUCAUACCUACAAUAAUAGCUCAAAAAGAAUUAACAUUAGUAAGCUAACAUGUAUCAUUCGUCAAGCAACAAAAUAUUUGGCGCUGAGGUGUAUACCUGCAAAAUUAGAAAAACAAGCUAGUAUGCUAUUUAUUAAAUGCUAAUGAUCGUGCCACGGGCCGUUAAAUUAUUAUUUACUGGCUUUGGUCACUUUGGUCACCUGUGGCCUAAACGAGAGUUAUGGCUUGUCCCUUGUCUGAUGACUUGAUUGAUUGAUUGAGACUUUUAUUAGUAGAUUGCACAGUACAGUACAUAUUCCGUACAAUUGACCACUAAAUGGUAACACCCGAAUACGUUUUUCCACUUGUUUAAGUCGGUCGGGGUCCACGUUAAUCAAUUCAUGGUACAUCCACGUCACAGUUGUGCACCAUCAUCUCCACCCUCCCAAAAGCGCGGUAGCAAACGACCAUGGCCUGCUGGCGUUGACAUGCUGAAAGUAGAUCCUAAAUAACAAGUGCUAAAUAGCGUGUGCAAACUAGAAGACGUCAUUUACUAUUGGCGGGCGUGUUGCGGGUGAUCUACUAAGACUGUGUGGACAAUUCAAAACAAAAAGUGGUGCAGAGCGCCCCCAUUGAUGUGUGGUUUUAAUGGAGUCACCAUGGAGACACUCAUUUCCCUCCACAUUUAUGGCAUCAUGUGCUCCUCCGACCUGUGGUGUUUGAUAUCAAUUAGAAAAUGAUGUUGCUGAAUGGACAAUAUGUCUCUUAUUUGUAUGUCCAAAUAUGUUAACACGCACACGUCUUUGCAGCGCAGUGGUUUUUAACCUUGUUGGAGGUACCGAACCCCACCAGAACCCUUCUUAAGAGAAAAAAAAUAAAAAUAAAUUCUUAAUUUAAUCUUAAUUUAUAAAUAUUAAUCAUGAAAUGAUGUUAUUAUAUUAAAGAAAUACUAAUAAAAAUAUAUGUUACAAACAGAAUGUUACAGGAAUGUACACAUGAUCCCAUGUUUACAUCUCAUUGUGCAACAUGUGAAUGUUUUAGUGGGAACUAAAUGCGAUAUCGGAAAGGGGUACAAAUUAUUUCCAAAGAAGGGCCCCCACCCAGACAUAGAAUACUAGUACACAGUUCAUGAAAAACCAUAUGUUGUGUAACUGUCAUUGUAAAUGGGCCAAAAAAUGUAUAGUAGAAAAUAAUCCCAUGGAAAUGACUGCUGUCAUUUGAUUAUAACAAUAAAACAUUUAACUUGGUAUUUAGUCAGGUUUGGGACAGGUGUGCUGCUGGUGUGGCACAUCUAAGUUAAAGUGAUUGUCACACACACUAGGUGUGGUGAAAUUUGUCCUCUGCAUUUGACCCAUCCCCUUGUUCACCCCCUGGGAGGUGAGGGGAGCAGUGGGCAGCAGCGGUGACGCGCCCGGGAAUCAUUUUUGGUGAUUUAACCCCCAAUUCCAACCUUUGAUGCUGAGUGCCAAGCAGGGAGGUAAUGGGUCCCAUUUUUAUAGUCUUUGGUAUGACUCGGCCGGGGUUUGAACUCACAACCUACCGAUCUCAGGGCGGACACUCUAACCACUAGGCCACUGAGUUGGUUUGGGUGUAGCCAUAAUACGCCGAUAGGGAGAAGUUUUUAUUUACACGAUGAGCCGGGUGUGACCUGACCUCCGCCGAACCCCAGAGGCCGACUCACCGAACCCAGGUUAAGAACCACUGCACCGCCUACUUUAUCACAGCCAUUCUGUAACUGUCAGUUUGCACGUGCUAAAUACAGACGCAAAUCGUGCAGCCGCUGAACAGUUUCAGUCUUAAUAAAUCACAUUGCCAGCGCUAAACAAUUAUAUCCCAGUAUUGUGGGCGUUGUGAUAAUAUAAUAACAUUCAACGAACACGCUAAAAGCUUUGUGUGUGCUAUGGAGUUUGUUUUAAUACACGCAAACCUUUAGUGGACCAGGCCCUAUGGUAUGUUUCAGAGUAAAUAUACUGCUCAUUUUGCUCUACAUUUACAAAAAGAGGCGCCCAUAUGCCUUUUUCUUGCCGUUACCAGCCAUGUUUGCUACGCAAACACUUCAUACUUUGUGGCCGGAGAUGUUUUAACACGUUAUUAAAAGUGCGGACAUUUGUUUGAGCCUUUUUUUGGGUGGAAAAACGUUGCAAAUGAGACUUAUUUGAGGUAUCCCAGCUAGCUGUGCUCUGGCUGGCAUACGUGUACUGUAGCAUAUAAAACAUGUUUGAUCGUCAACUGUGAGCUCAGAUUUGACUGUGAAAAUCCAAAAACAGCCCUCAUGUUCAUGUACUUUUACAGUGAUGUUACUCCACUGCAGUAAAAUACUACAGUAAUACUACACAGUUUUUCCUCCAUUAUUUCUGGGGUUACGUUCCGGACACACCCGUGGGAAUGGCCAGGGAAGACUGUUACAUCAAGUGGAACUGGAGU